CGCAACGACAACCCACCAGUGAUACCAUCUUUCCCUCACCUGUCCUAUCCCAACCAUAUCCCUUUGUUGCUCCAUCUUCUCCUACUGUUGGCCAACUACCAGCGCAUUCUUGGAAGCUCCUCUAAGCUCCCGACCAACAAUCCUGUCGCCACGCCUGCGCACGCCGCUCACCAACCCCGCCCGAUGCGCCUAUUGCGGCCAGGAUAGUGGCAUGACUCCCAUGUGCCAGCUCAACUGAGGCCAAAAGCCGCAUGCAAGAUUGAUUCAACCAGACUUACAACGAGUUGUAGAUUCGUGCCGUCAUGCACGCUCCAAGAUCGCGGGCACCGGCCCUUGUUUCGUUGUCUGUCUUAUCGCUGUCCCGCAGGUCCAAUGUUGUCCUCUAUUCUCAAUGCCAACGCCACUUCAGCUCGUCUCCUCCGUCAUGUAAUUCCGGCCAAUUCAGCCGCUCGGACUUCGGCUCACAACCAUUCACUGGAAUAUACGAGCCGGGACAGCCUACCAGCGGGCCCCUCGGAGCAGCCAGCAUGCUCGGUGCUCCGAGGAUAACUCCUAAGAUGCUGAAGGAGCAUCUCGACCAGUUCGUUGUGGGCCAAGAGCGCGCAAAGAAGGUGCUCAGUACUGCAGUAUACAACCACUACCAACGUAUUCAGGAGUUGCGGCGGCAGGACGAGGAGGUACAGGAACUCAUGGCGCAACAUGCGAGGAGAGAGAUGCACAAUGCCAAUAGGCACCCCGUCGAAGGUAGUACCCGAGACGCUCCUUCCAUAGCAGUAAACCCUUCCUCUUCACUUCAUUCGAGCUUUUCUGUCUCUUCAUUUCCUUCCCAGCAGCAGAUACGGCGUAGCACCGAAGUCGUGUCGAGCACAGAUAAUGGUGUGCUGACCCUUGAGUCAGACGAGUUUCCCGGGCAGCAGUCGACGGUUCAUGUACAUCCCUCAGGCCACCAGCCGCAGUCGCCGAUGCCCCCUCCACCUCCCUUACAAGAUUAUUCACCGCUUACCAUCGAGAAGAGUAAUGUGCUAUUACUGGGGCCCUCUGGAGUGGGCAAAACCCUUAUGGCGAAGACGUUAGCUCGAGUGCUCGAGGUGCCAUUCAGUAUGUCCGAUUGCACACCAUUGACCCAAGCAGGAUAUAUCGGAGAAGAUGUAGAGGUCGUCAUUCAGAGGCUGUUGGCAGCGUCGAAUUACGACGUUGCCAAAGCGGAACAAGGGAUUGUUUGUUUGGAUGAGAUAGACAAGAUCGCUACGGCUAAAGUAUCUCACGGCAAGGAUGUCAGCGGUGAAGGUGUUCAGCAAGCGCUCCUCAAGAUCAUAGAAGGAACUACCGUUCAGGUCCAAGCAAAAUCUGAGCGUUCGGCUCCAGGCCGACACCACGGGCACAUGCAACCCCCAAAUUGGCAGCACAACGGUUCUAGCAGUCCGCUGGGCGGUGGACAGUCCCCUCCGACGCCUGGGGGCAAAAAUGAAGUGUACAACGUCCGGACAGACAACAUUCUCUUCAUCUGCACAGGUGCCUUCGUUGGCUUACACAAGUUGAUAUUAGACCGGAUAUCGCGCGGAAGUAUCGGGUUCGGUGCACACGUGCGAGCUGCAAACCCAGAUUCUGAUUCAGGCGCGCACAACACUUCUUUAAAGCCUAGUAAAGAUAACGAGGAAUUGUUCCGCAAGCAUCUCCCCUUCUUCUUCACACCAACCAAUCCAUCAACUGCUGACAGCGGAGAGAGUGAGUUUAACACUCUUGAUCUCGUCGAGCCAGCCGAUCUUCAGAAAUACGGCAUGAUACCUGAGCUGGUGGGCCGCAUACCAAUUUCAUGCGCACUGUCCUCCUUGAACGAAGAAGCUCUAGUUCGUGUUCUUACCGAACCACGAAAUGCACUUUUGAAACAGUAUGAGCAACUCUUCAGCCUGUCGGGGAUUGAGUUGCGUUUCACUUCUGCAGCCUUACGCGCCAUCGCUAAAGAUGCGUCUGUAAUGGGCACUGGUGCUCGCGGUCUCAAGACUGUUCUAGAGCGUCUUCUAGGCGAGGCAAUGUUUGAAGCUCCUGGAUCAGCAACGAAACAUAUUCUCAUCACGGAGGCCGUCGCUCAACGUAAAGUCGCUCCAAUUUACUUAGCUAGGGGCCAACAAGGGCAGUUCCAUAGCUUGAUCGCGGCUGAGGAGGAAGAAUGGGAGGCUAGGCAAGGGGGCAGAGGCAGAAAGGAUGGAGAUAGAGCGGCAGAUUUCAGGGAGUUCAGGGAGAAAGCCAUGGCAGCAGGUAGUUAUUGAAUAUGUCACUAGGUGAUAUUUACAUGUAUCUCCUAGAAGGGCCUGAGUUUGUAUAUAACGAUCUUGAUGUUCGAUGUGAUAAUGCAGUGACUUCUAGCCUAUUCCCUCUAAUGUGUCAGCUUUAGAUCUGCGCUGACAGAAGUAUGGUGACGAUUAAAAAAAACAAAAUGAC